AUGAAAGCAUCCGCUAGACGUGCCAGUAGACGGCGAUCACGGCCACCACAAACAUUUCUGGGUGGAGCCGCAAAUGCUAACACAAACGCCUCCGCUUCAAAAGGAGUCCCUGAAAUUAUGUCCAAGCUUUCCGAAGAACCGCAGGACACAACAAUGGAAGAUCAAUGGUGCGACAAUACUAGUAUAACACCGCUCCCCGGUCAGCAAGCUCAAGACCCAGGAGUUGCUUCGGCUCGUACCAUGUCUCCCACUCCACCAUUUUCCGCUACAAGUGCCAUUUUUUCUACCUUUUCCGAUUCCUUUGACAUUCCUCAACGCAGACGACAACAACAAAAUUACAAUACUAUCAAUAACAAUAACAAUAAUAAUGGUCAUGAUGACGACGAUGAUGGUGGUGGAAAGGAAGGAGCGGACGAUAACAUCUCCGUCCUUACGGACUGCAGCUGGAUGAUGGACGAAGAUGAGGACGAAUAUGGAGAAGAAGACGCUAAUUCACAAAUUGCUGCCGUUUCCGUUGCCUCGGAAUCUCUCACUGUCGCUACCACUACUACCGAUUCCACCACACUUCCCACAAACAACCAUUUGCUCAAUCAGAAUCAGCAUCACAACCAUAUGGAUCCACCGGAGCCUCGAAAGAAGCGGCGACAGGUUCUCUCUGUUGCCCAUGACAAUGGGCCCUUCAAGAGAAGAAAGAGGAUGUAG